CACUCUGCCUACAAAGCCAACCUAGCUCUAUCUUCCCUGCUUUUCUAUCAUGGAAAGGUUUUUUAGUAGGUGGCGUUAAGAGUGUCGGUUUUAUUUUUACUUUCUUGUACUGAAAUGUACGACCGUCUGGACCCCCGCUCGGCCGAGAGAGGAAGCCUUUUUGUAGGUAUAAUACAAGGAAGCGUCGUCUGAGAGAGGGAGAGAGAGGGGGAAGGAUUGACGCUUUUUCCUCCUCUCCUCCUCCUUCUUCCUUUCGCCCCCUCUCCUCCUCUUUUUGGCGGAGAGAGGGGUUGAGGCAGGAAUAAACGCUUUUUUUUGUUUUUUUCUUUCUUUUUUUUUAUUGCAUUUGAAUCCUACUGCGCAACCAGACCGGAUCACGUGGGAUUGGAGAGAGUUAGAUCGAUUUUGCACAGUUCAGUGUGGAGACAAAAAGAGAGAGAAACAAACAACUCUUUCUUUUUUACUUCUGUGGAUAACUGGGACUGUUGAUACUUUUGCAUUAUUGCAAGAGAAGGGGGGCUGUUUGAGUGGGUUCUUUCUUUCAGCCUUGGAAGUGUGGAGUAUUAAUUCUUAUAUGCCUGGGUUUUGAAAAACAAUGGAGACGCACAUUUCGUGCCUCUUCCCGGAAAUUUUGGCCAUGAUUUUCAGCUAUCUGGACGUGAGGGACAAAGGCAGGGUAGCCCAAGUGUGUAUCGCUUGGAGGGACGCAUCCUACCACAAGUCAGUGUGGAGGGGGGUGGAGGCCAAGCUGCACCUCCGCCGGGCCAAUCCCUCCCUGUUCCCCAGUCUCCAGGCCAGGGGUAUCCGGAGGGUCCAGAUCCUCUCCCUGCGCCGCAGCCUGAGCUAUGUGAUCCAGGGAAUGCCUAACAUCGAGUCCCUCAACCUGUCCGGCUGCUACAACCUCACAGAUAAUGGGCUGGGCCAUGCAUUUGUGCAGGAGAUCCCAUCACUGAGGGUUUUGAACCUGAGUCUGUGCAAGCAGAUCACAGACUCCAGUCUAGGUAGGAUAGCCCAGUAUCUGAAGAACCUGGAGGUACUGGAGCUUGGUGGCUGCAGCAAUAUCACCAACACUGGGCUUCUCUUGAUAGCCUGGGGCCUCCACAGGCUCAAGAGCCUAAAUCUGAGGUCCUGCAGGCAUGUCUCGGACGUGGGGAUUGGACACUUGGCGGGUAUGACCCGCAGCGCAGCGGAGGGCUGCUUGAACCUGGAGUAUCUGACACUCCAGGACUGUCAGAAACUGACGGACCUGUCACUCAAACACAUUUCCAAGGGGCUGACAAAGCUCCGGGUACUGAAUCUGAGCUUCUGCGGGGGCAUCUCAGACGCAGGGAUGAUCCACCUCUCCCACAUGGCCUCCCUGUGGAGCCUCAACCUACGCUCCUGUGACAACAUCAGUGACACGGGCACCAUGCACCUCGCCAUGGGCACUCUAAGGCUCUCUGGGCUUGACGUUUCCUUCUGUGACAAGAUAGGGGACCAGACCCUGGCGUACAUUGCCCAAGGGCUGUAUCAGCUCAAGUCCCUGUCCCUGUGCUCGUGUCACAUCUCUGACGAUGGGAUAAACCGGAUGGUGAGGCAGAUGCACGAGCUGAGGACCCUGAACAUUGGACAGUGUGUGCGCAUCACGGACAAAGGGCUGGAGCUAAUAGCUGACCACCUGACCCAGCUGGCAGGCAUCGACCUGUAUGGAUGUACCAAGAUCACCAAGAGGGGACUGGAGAGGAUCACACAGCUCCCCUGCCUUAAAGUGUUGAACUUGGGACUCUGGCAGAUGACAGAGAGUGAGAAAGUGAGGUGAUUGGAAAUUUUUU